AGGAGGCUCAGCCAGUGCACAGCUGAUGCUUCCUGACGUCAUUCAAACAAAGCCAUGCGCGGUUGGUCGCGGCCGCGAACCAAAGCUGAGAAAAGCAAACAUUCAGCGUCCGCGAAACCGAGUGGCGCGUACCGUUGCUAGCUUGACGUGUUGUGCAGUCGAAGUACGGAGUCCGGACUCCGAAAAUUGGCCGUCCAGGAGACAGCCUAGGGGCUCCGAAGAUGCCGUUCAUAUCGAAGGAUUGGCGUAGCCCUGGGGAGGAAUGGGUCAAGACGGUCGAGGGCUGGGAGAAAAAGAAGAUCCUCGAGUGCGCCAACAACAAAACGCUCUCGCUUCUUCUGCGCGGGGAAAAAGAUGGCGACAAGAAGGAAAAAGAAAAGGAAAAGAAAAAAGAGACAGCUCUCCAGCCGCAUUGUCACAUUACAUUAAAAUGCACGCGCGAGAUCGCUGGUUUUAAUGGACUCAGCGACGCCCUUAAGAGACUUGACUUCCUGUCUGCUGUUCACGAUUGUCGUCGAUUCAACUAUAUCGUGCGACUCCUGGAUCUUCUGGUCAAUCACCGGAUGGGUGGAUUGAGCGGAUGUGCCCAGAGAGUUUUAUUCAAUAUGCUAGAGGAGGUCGCCCUGGAAGUAUCCUUGUCGCAGCAACAGACUGGACGGUUACGUCGUCUCAUUGAGAGGCUCCGUGCUUUUAGUGCUGGAUGCUGCUGGGGUGGUAGACCAUUGGGUUCUGUUAUUCUUUGGGAGAAACACAAAGCCGCUCUAGAGAGGAUUCUCCAAAUAGCAUCGUCCAUCACGAUCACUCAGCCUGACGAAGAGCAGCAACCACAGUGGGCUGAUCUUCCUGCGGAGUGUCGUCGCGAGGUACUUUUACGAUUGAGUGAUCCUCGUGACAUCGAGGCCUCCUCUGCAGCCUGUGAGCAUCUUGCUGUUCUUGCUCAGGAACAGAGGAUCUGGAGGGAAUUGGCACAGUAUCACUUCACAUCUCAGCAGAUAACGUCUACGCGUCAAAAAAAUCCUGGAAAAGACUGGAAGACUAUAUUCACUAUGGCGCGAAGAUCCUUUGGAUUGCGCGAGGAGUAUGCAGAGAUGAUACAGCUGUGUCGCAACUGUCGCUGCCUCUUCUGGCGAUCUCUGGGACAUCCUUGUAUCGCAGAUCAGGAUCCCGCGUUUCAGGAGAAGCUGGCGGAUGUCGAUCAGGCUUCCCUUCACGUUCCAAUUCCUCCACAGACCUUCCUCAAGUUCUUCUCGCUGUAAAGACUUCGCUUGGGGAUCUAAGAGGAACGUAGAGAAGAGGGGUUGCGCAAAGAUAAACGGUAUGGCAGAGCGUCUGAGAGAAAAAAAGUGAACGAAUGAAUGAAUGACUAAAGGCAUAAAUGAUAUUAAAGGCUGGUAGGAAUGACGUUCCGCGCUUAGAGGAUCAAAGCUCCCUGAAACGUACCUAAUUGAAAAUCGAAAUCCGAGGCUAUUUCACCUGUGACAGCAUCCUAUGAGUUAGGGCGAUCAUGAUUACCAGAUUUUACGUAAAGUUUCCUAGCGUCAAUAGACAAGCGUGACGCCUAACUUCUCAUGUAAUAACGAACAAACAAACAAAAAAAGACAGGAGAGAAAAGGAAGAAGUUACGAUUGUAUUCAACGGUCCAAUAUAAUUUCCACGGAAACAGUCACCAGGAGUAUCCGGAUUCCGUAUCACUCUGGAUAUAUCGUAUUUCAAGAGACACUGUUAUAAGAGAGCAAGUCUAUUUGAGUCUAAUUCAUUUGAAUGAGAGCAAAAAUAUUCCUUCCAUAGUGAGAUUAGCCAUUCGAACGAGGUUGCACGUCCAUUGUGCUUUCCCCAUGUUGUUCUUGUAAUUUUUUUUUAUUUUUUUGUUUUAAAUAGUCCUAUGUACAGUCACCACGAAAAAGGGAACGUGAGGAUACUUCGGUCCCAGACUCGCGAUUCUACUUACCAGUGAUCUGAUGCGAAACUGUAGGCUGCUAAGGGACAAUCUCAAUGGUGUGAAAGAAGGAGAAAAUGAAUCUAAAAAAAUAAUCUUCCCGUGUAUCUCGGUGACUGUGCAAUAAUGGUAGACCGGUGUACGCUAAAUGCUUGUGCUCGAGACGUUAAAAAAUGAUUAUUCUAACUCGCGACUACAUACAUGUGUAUUAUCGAGCGACGGAAGGUUUACUUAUAAACUGAUUCGUACUUGUAAGUUUGUGAUGAUUUUUUAAAAUGCUUUUGGUAGUUCUGUUUCGCGUAUUAUUCCUUUUUUCAUAUCGCGAUUAUAUAGAUUUUACGAAAAGAGGUGGAUCGAAGUGGAUGGUUUGUCUUUUGUAUUUCUUUUUUUAUUUUCUUUGUAGGUUCUACAAAUCUUCGUAAAUUUAAACCAAACACUUGAAACGCCACAGUCCUCCAUUUCUAUUCCGUCGCGAAAGAAUCGGGUGUCUUCAUUUUUUGCAUUUACCUAUAGUAUUUUUUGUUGUUAUUUCAUGCGAAAUUAUUUCUGACUUUUCGAGAUAUUCCGACGUGGGAUUUCUUGAUAAAUGGUCGGAAAUGAAAAGUAAAAGAUAAGGCAGACUUAAACAAAUUCGAAAACUUGUACGAGGUGCUCCAGUUAAGGCUUUAUUGACGAAUUAUCCUUACACUUGGACAUCCUGUAUAUUCUGUUUACAGAGAAAUCCUAUUUAUAUUAAUUAGUAUACACUUUAUUAUACUUACUGAUUUAGUGUUGAUAACAAUCGAUCGAUUCUUUUUAAAUGAGUUAUUUUUCCGUAUAUAUAUACCUAUACUAUACGUGUAACCACUAUCGUUGAUUGAUUGGAAAAAGAAACAUGUAAAUUAUACUGCCAAAGCGAAUGCUAUUGCAUUUACGUGAAUUGACGUUCGUUAUGGAUUUUUGGUUCGUUUUGAAAACGAAGCGGCACUACAAACAAUUAUCUUUUUGAUAUUUAUAUUUGGUUAUGAAAAAUAAUUUAAAAGAAGAAAACUGUUGCAUGACAUAUUAUACUUUACUAACCUAGUCAUUACGUAGGGUGACCAAAUAACAAUUCGUUCUAAGAGACGAGGGAGGAUUCGAUAAUUGAAAUCAUGAAUUUUGGCAGCUCGCUAUAUAUUCACGUUAUAGCAAGAAUACAAAUAAUGACGAUCGCGCAUCAUGAAUAACAUCAAGUAAAAAUUCGACUUUGUCAAGAAAGAUAAAUAUGUACAGGGUGUAUCCGAUUAUCUGGAUAAUUCGAUACACCAUGUAAAUAAUCUUUAAAACGAUCCUGUAAUAUAGAAUUAUCAUUAUUUUAAUUACUUAGGCCAAUAUGUAGCGCAGUGUUGUGCAAAAUGCUUCGAAAUAAAACUUUAUUUAAAUAUA